CGACAUCGUUCCAAUUCGGGAACCGGCGUGCGACCACUAGACUAAUGAAAGCGCGCGCAUGCUGUUAAUGGGUGGAAUCAAGUUAAGACAAAAAGAGUCCACCAACGCAAAAGUGUUCGACGGGAUAUUACAUGCUAUCGUGGCAGUCAGUCAUAGAAAAACGCGAAAUUGGUGAGGCGUCAUUAUUAUUACAAUAAAUCAAGCUUCUCCACCGGCGAUCUGAUAAUGACCGUUGUGAUGAGGUGUACGAAAGGUUAGAAGUGGACAAUGUUGGUGAGUGUUUUCGUUUUGACUGUGUUGGGUACUGUGAUCGGCGAAAAGAGACCUGCUGGAUAUCUGUUCUAUACAGCGAGUGUGAUCAAUUUGGACUUGAACGAAACGUCCUACACGGUUGGAUGCUCACUAAACUUUACCAGCACUGCAGAGAAUGUGAGCAGCCGCCAUCUGGCGCUAAGCAAUUUGAAGAGGGUACCGUAUGAAACUAAGGUAAUCAGCGAUACAACCAUUGCACAUAAAGUGGAUCUCCGGGUCAGCGAUGAAUCGACCAUUUGCGGUAAUAAGGAAUACGUCUGCCGGCUUAAUCGUACCUUCAUAGGCAUGAAGACCAUUCCCGUUGCGAGACCUCCUCCGGCGAUCAAACCGAGCGAUUUCAAGUGCAUUUCUCACAACCGGAAAUUUUUGACUUGCGAAUUUAAGCGUCAAAAUAGCUGUCGUUUCCCGACGAAUUACAAACUUUCCAUGAACAGACUGGGUUUAUUGAACGAUUGUGAGCUUAACGAUAACGUUUCUAUGCUGAGCUUUGAUAGCAGAUCGGAGACGUGCAUGUUCUCAGCGGGGCACAAGAAUAUCUCUUUCCUUGUUGACAGUGAAAACAUUGUAGGAAAAACCGAAACGACGAUUAUUGUGAACCAUUACGAUAUUGUAAGGCCUUCUGCACCAACGAGUUUACAGGUGCCUUUUGUAAACAGUACCAGCAUACAGGCUACUUGGGAUCUGAGCAUAAUGUUGCUAAAUCUGGAUCGAGAAAUCGAGUUUGAGUUCCUGAUGAUUUCAAAGUACGGAAAUAACACCAGUUUCAAGAAUAUGACUUUCGAAAAGGGAGUCCCCAUGGUGCAUCAGUUCAACGACUUGCAUGCAUUUACGAGCUACGAGUUGAAGAUACGGGCUCGCGUUGUCCCUAAAUCGGUUCGGAAUUAUGAAGAUGAAUAUUGGUCUGAUGGGUCUUCGGUUCGGAUCCGUACCAAAGCAUGCAGGCCUUAUCAGGCACCGCGGACGGCGCCAGGAACCUAUAGGUUCAAGGAAAGGAGUAAUAAGCUAGCUACCGUUGAAGUUUACUGGGAGCUCGUUCCGGAAUACCUUCACAAUGGUCCCGGAUUUGGCUACGACGUGUUUGCUGUUUCGGAAUCUGGUCAAAGAUUCAACGCAUCCCAUCCAGUUAAUCCGAACGGAGUAGCCACUUUCCAAAAUAUAAAGGCCAAUGAACGCUACACAGUCCAUUUAUCAUCGUACAAUCACGAAGGUCGAUCCGAAAAUGUCAGCCUUAUCCCCAUAUAUCCUCCAAAAGUAUCAUAUGAUCCUAAAAUUAAGAGAAUCUUAUUCAACGAUAGCUAUCACUUGCAGUGGUUCUCAGGUGGUGAACCGGAGCACCUCUCCAAUUAUACAGUAAUGCAUUGCAUUUUCAGUGCAACGGGCUCCUGUCAGAAUUCGAUUCACAUUGUCACUUUGCCACCGAAUGCAACUUCUUAUAGCAUUAAUUCCACCAAACCACUGAACUUUGCCCUUGCGGCCAACUACCGAUCCUACUCAUCGGAGCUUUCUUGGAUGCAGUGCAUCGUUCCAACACCCAGUAACAUAAGUCGACUGACCUUCAAUCUCACUGAUGUAACGGAGCAUUCCGUAACUUUGAGGAUAUCACUUUCCUGCACGGAUCAGUCACUGGUUGAGCGAUACGAGGUUCGGUAUUGGCCCAAAAUGGAUAAAAGUUUGGAGAAGAAUAUGACUAAACGUCCGUACGAUUUGGUCAUUAAGAUCGACGAUCUGAUGAAGGAUACUGAGUAUAUGGUGAACGUAACGGCAUUUGAUGAACAUGGUAUUCCACACACAGACAGUUACUCAGUUCGUACCAGCGAAAGAGACAUUCUUCUGCAGUUGAUCAUGUUCCUGCUGUUCGGAAUACUGGCGAUGGCUAUCAUGACAACUACAGCUACACGUAGGGUAAAAAAGAUGAUGAACAUCAAAUUCGAUAUUCCACUGGGUUUACUUGGAAUCGACGAAAUGCCGAUGGAUUCUUCUCAAAGAAUUUACGCUGGCGACGAGAUCGAGUCAACGGUAUUGUUUAGCGAAUCAUUGGAAAAUGACAAACUUAUGCCACUAGCUCCGUUCGAUCUGGAUGACGCAGUUCAAUCGGUAAAAGUAAAAUCGAUACUUAAAAAACCCGAUGAAACCGUACAUGACAAACAUUCAUGCCUGUCGGAGCUUUUGGAGAAGCAAAAAGCGACCGUUCAGAUAGUGACAGGCACUGACUAUGUCCAGCCUUUACAGAUGCUUUCCAUAAAGGAUCAGGCGAAACAGGAUCUCCCCGGCAGCGAGAAUCGUUCAAGUGGUUCGUCGGGUUACGUGGAUGUCAAUCUGAUGAUGAAACAGCAAAUGAUUCGAUGAUGGUGAUAUCUGUCGCUGAUUUCGCGGGGGUGCUUCAGUACAAAAAGUUGUCUAGUCUGAACCUGUCUGAACAUA